AUGUCUCUGCCCGUGGUGCUCCCGGGUUCCUGCUGUCCAGUGGCGGGACUGUCCGCGGGAACGCAGGUUGGGGGUCCGGGCGCUGCUGCUGCUGCAGCCGCGGCGGCAGCCGCCGCCGCCCAGGAGGCUCCUCUGGCCCCGCUCCGGCCCCGCUGGUCUCGGGCAGGGCUGCAGCCCCCAGCGCGGCCUCGCUGUGCAGCUGCCUCUGCUGCCUCGGUACUCUCGCCACCACCGCCUCCGCUGUCCGCCCGCCGGGCCGCCACCGCCGCAGCCGCCGCGGGGGUCCCGGGCUCUGGAUUGCUGCCGGCUCGCCCGCUGCUGUCCCUGGGGCUCCUGCAACUCAUCUUAGGCUGCUGCAUGGUGGCUCUCAGCUUUGGAGCUCUGUCUUUGAGUAGUUCCCCGCAGGUGAAGAACUCGUGCCCAUUUUGGGCUGGCUCUUCGGUGAUCCUCUCUGGAAUCAUAGGACUAACAACAUGGAAAAGACCAAUGAUACUUUUGGUGAACCUUUUUGUCUUACUGUCUGUGGUCUGUGUCCUGUUGAACCUUGCUGGAUUUAUCCUAGGCUGCCAGGGGGCCCAGUUUGUGUCCAGUGUACCCAGGUGUGAUCUGGUGGACCUAGGAGAAGGCAAGAUUUGCUUCUGCUGUGAAGAAUUUCAGCCUACCAAAUGUACAGACAAAGAAAACGUGUUGAAGCUCUUCCCAGUCCAGCCAUGCAGUGCUGUUCACCUUCUAUUAAAGAAAGUCCUCUUUGCCCUGUGUGCCCUGAAUGCCCUGACCACGACUGUUUGCUUGGUGGCAGCUGCCCUGCGUUACCUACAGAUAUUUGCCACCCGAAGACCCUGCAUAGACGAAUCCCAGAUUUCUACAGAGGAAAUAGAAGGACAUGGACGCAUUCCAGACCCGGAAGAUUUUGUACCACCCGUGCCACCUCCCUCCUAUUUUGCUACAUUUUAUUCCUGCACACCCAGGAUGAAUCGCAGGAUGGUAGGCUCUGAUGUUAUCCCACUUCCGCACAUCUAUGGAGCUCGGAUUAAAGGUGUCGAAGUCUUCUGUCCUCUGGACCCACCUCCCCCUUAUGAAGCUGUAAUGAGCCAAAUCAAUCAGGAGCAGGGGACUUCCUUCCAAAUUCCAGAGGCAUCCGAAGCCGGGGCAGGCCCGUUGGACCCAGUCAGUGCCCAGGGGUCUCAAGGUGGAGACAUUCCUAACACUCCUGGGGAAGAGAGCCCAUCGCUGUCAACUCCUGAUUCAAACCUGGCACAUCUUCCAUCGAACAGGAGAACCUUGCAACCCUUGAGAGCAAGAUCGAAAAGUGACCCUGUGCUCCAUCACUUGACAGCCAGAGGACCUGUGCUCAGCUGUGAAGCUGCAACUCAGACUGAAGUAAGACCUGCGCUGGCUCCAGUGACCUUGAGAAAGGGUCUUCGAGUAAGAGCUGCCCGGGCUAGACCUCGCUCUUUGGUAGAUUAUAAAUCAUACAUUGACACUAAGCUUCUGGUGGCCAAGUUCCUGGAGCAGUCAUCCUGUAGUAUGACCCCAGACAUACAUGAACUGGUAGAGAAUAUCAAGUCUGUCCUUAAGUCUGAUGAAGAACACAUGGAGGAAGCCAUCACAAGUGCCAGUUUCCUUGAACAGAUAAUGACUCCUGCUCAGCCAAGUACAUCCAGGGCACCGCCGUUGCCCUAUAGAAGACACCCUGGGCUCCUUCAUCUGGAGAGCUGUGGAGAUCUGAGCACUUUCGCCUCAGCAGAAAGUCGGAGAGUGGAGAGAAGGGUCCCAAGAACAGACCCAGAAAGGCCACACAGCCUUAUUGGAGUUGUACGAGAAACUGUGCUCUGAACUAGCUUGAGUGGGUCCCUUGUGUUCCAGAGCUCCUCUGUGAAGCCAAUGAGCUGCAAAAGAAAGCCAUCACUGGAAAGCCCUGCAUCGUGCGUGGUGUGGUGGCUUGUGUCUCUGUGUACGCUGUUUCAUUGUUUAAGGCUGAGCUGGGAGAAAGGCUUUUGUUCAAGUAGUCUUUACUGUACUGUGUUAUGCCUAAGGGGUUUGGGGAAUGUUUAUUUCUCAUCUACUGGCUUCACCACCAAGGACAUUCAGGGGGCAACAAGUAUAUCAUUCCAGACCCAUUGACUCUUUGGAGGCACCAUUAUAAUUUGUGAGCUCAGCUCCGCUCCCCUUCCCCGGGCAUCCCAUAUGGUAUUUGAGUGUUCCAGACCUUGGCGUGGAAGGGGAUGUGGGGGCAGCGAUGCCUCAGCCGCCCCUCUGUCUGUCCUGUGGAAGGACAUAAUCUGUUUGGAGGCUAUUUAUAGCUGCCUGUGGCCUCUUACUGCUCAGGGAGAAUGUGAGCUGGCAUAUAAGCAGGAUGAUCAAAUAGCCCUACUGUUAUUGAAAUGUUAAAGUCUAAGCUUAGGGCAACUCUCAAAGCACUUUCUUUAAGGAAAACAGGAAGCAUUUGCGACAACCCGCAAAUUUUUUUAGCAGAGUAUUUUGGAGGAGCAAUCGUUGGUUCCAUUUAUUCAAGCUUGCAAGACUAGAGGCAGUAACCCCAGAAAUGAGAAUAAAAGCAUUCACUUUUUA